AACACUUUAGCUUGAGAGAAGAGAAAAAAAAAAACAGCUAUCAAACAUUUCGUCUUCUUUCUCUAUUUAUAUCCUAAUUCCACAUAUCCACCACAUGCACACAAGCUAAGAAAAAAGAGAAAAAAAAAAUAAAAAAAAGUUGGGAAAACAUGGUGACCUUAACAUCAUCUUCUUCAACUCCAAAGACAUCUUUUGAUUUCAUGAAGAGUAACAACAGUCACACUCUCUAUGUUCCUUUCUCUUCUCCUUCUUCUUCUUCUUCAUCUUACUUGAGUAUCAAGGAAGAUGGUGUUGUCACAACCAAGAAGCUCAUGGAACCCAGCAAAACUUUAACCGUGAGCAUUAAUCAAAAAGGAGAUGAGCUUGGGAAAGAGACGAAAAUUGUAAAGAAAGCUUCUGAAGAUCCGGAGAUUGGUGUGUUUGGAGCUGAGAAGUACUUCAAUGGAGACAUGGAUAAUUCAGACCAAGGUUCUAGUGUUCUGUCUCUGUCUCUGACAAACCCGGAAGCUGAGAGAACCAUCUUGGAUCAGAAGCAGAGCGAGAAGAAAUCUACAGGAACUCCGAGUGUCAGGUCUGAAUCAAGCUGGAAUAGUCAGAGCGUGUUGCUUCAGAACAAAUUGGUGAAUAGCUGCAACAGUUCCUUGCAGGAGAAGAAGAACAGUAAGGGUCAGAUUCAAAAGGUGAGCAGUAAUAAGAAGAGUUUUCUCGCAAAUUUGGGGUGUAAAUGCGCCUGUUCUGAUGGGAACUCAGUAGACGUCGACGAGAAUAUCUCGGUGAAGAGAAGCUCUGAUCCGAAUAUCUCUGUUUUCACAAAGAGGAAGAUGGAGAAUCAUAUGAGUUCUUCUGCGAAUAUGAACUCAGACCUGAUCAGGAUUCAGAAGCAAGAAGAGUUAUCGCAGAGGAAGUCACUUGAAGUGUUCGGCUCUCCUGUCAAUAUUGAGAAGAAGAGGAUCGUUGUUCAGCAGAAACUCGCAUUGCGUCCAUGGGAAUCAAGAACAGAGGAGGAAGACAAAAAGAGUGAAGCGAGUGAUACAAGCGCGGAUCUUUUCGAGAUAGAGAGUCUUACAGGGAAACCAAAACCCUUACUUACAAGGCAAGGAAGUGAUCCAGCUUCACCUACGUGUUAUGCUCCAAGUGAAGUAAGCGUAGAGUGGAGCAUAGUAACAGCAAGUGCAGCAGAUUUCUCUGUUAUGUCGGAAUGUGCAACAAGUCCUGUAAGAAGAAACAGUCGAUCUUCUCAGAUUCCUCGGAUCCCUAUCAUUGCUAAACCAGCACCGCAGAGACGGAACUCGAGCAGCAGCAGCGGCGGAGGCAGUGGUUUCUUGUUGAGCUGUAAGAGUCAUAAAUCUGUUAGAGUUUCUGGUGAUUUAGAAAGAAGAAGCAGCAUGAACAAGACACAACCGAGUUAUGUACCUAGAUUCCCAAUGGAGACUACUACUAAACCUAAGAGUUUCGAAGCACGAAGAAGGAUCAGCAACAGCUCGAUUUCUCACACACAAUCAUCUCUUCUGUAUAGUCAGUGAUUGCAUCAAAGUAAAGAAAACGAUUUCAAUCUCUUUAUCUGUAAUUUCUACUGAGUGAGAAAGAUUUGUAAACCUAUGAGCUAAUGUCUUGUUGAGUUCUUGAUAACAAUGUCAUCUUCCAAAAGGGUUUCUUAGAGA